AUCAAAAUGUAAUAAAACAAAGUGUCCUUAUCAAAGCCAUAUUUCUCCAUUGCCAACCAAGAAAGCCAAAAUGGGUGUUGCUUAUUCAUCCCUUCUUUCCCUUUCUCCCUGCACCGCUACUAUACACAUCACUGGUUCCUCCCUUUUUCCUUACGCAUCAAAAGCAAACCCAGAAAGAGUAAUAAAUUCUAUUUUUAAUCAUACCAAUAACAUCUGCUUGGCUAAUCUCCAAAAACCCACUAAAAAGUUUGGAUCUUUUAGUCGUUAUUCACAUAAUUCUACUUGUUUAGGCUCAAAGAUUGUACCUUUGAAGUGCUGUGUCAAAGUGAGGGAAAUGGAGACUCAAGAGAGAAUUCUUCAAAAACCCUUGAUUGAUUUUUAUGGUGUUGAUGAAGAAUUGGUUCAAAAGAUGGUUUAUGAUGCUCUUGUUUGGAGUUCUCUUCAUGGCCUUGUUGUUGGUGACAAAAGUGUUCAGAGAUCAGGAAAAGUACCUGGUGUGGGCUUGGUACAUGCACCAUUUGCCUUGUUGCCUAUGGCAUUCCCGGAAAGUCAUUGGAAUCUAGCAUGUGAAGUAGCACCUAUAUUCAAUGAGCUCAUUGAUCGUGUGAGUUUGGAUGGGAAAUUUCUACAGGAUGCUUUAUCCAGAACCAAGAAAGUGGAUGCCUUUACAUCAGGGCUUUUAGAUAUUCAUUUGAAGAUGCUAGAAAUUAACAAGAAAGAAGAUAUACGCUUGGGUUUACAUCGAUCAGAUUAUAUGCUUGAUGAACAAACUAAAUUGCUCCUCCAAAUAGAGCUAAAUACAAUUUCAGCUUCAUUUCCUGGCCUCGGUUGUCGUGUUAGUGAACUUCACAGGAGCUUGCUUAACUACCAUGGAGAACAUAUUGGAUUAGAUCCCAGAAGAAUACCUGGAAACACUUCUGUUGAUAAGUUUGCAGAAGCACUGGCUAAAGCUUGGACUGAGUAUAAUAGACCUAGGGCUUUAGUUAUGGUGGUUGUUCAACCUGAAGAACGCAACAUGUAUGAUCAACAUUGGCUUUGUGAAGCAUUGAAGGACAGGCAUAAUGUGACAACUAUCCGGAAAACAUUGGCAGAAAUCGACAAGGAAGGGGAAAUUCUACCAGAUGGAACUCUGCUUGUAGGUGGCCAAGAAAUUUCGGUUGUUUAUUUUAGAGCUGGGUAUGCACCAACUGAUUAUCCUUCUGAAGCUGAAUGGAGAGCUAGGCUACUUAUGGAGCAGUCAUCAGCUGUCAAGUGCCCAUCCAUAUCUUAUCAUUUAGCAGGAACCAAAAAGAUUCAACAAGAACUUGCAAAACCCAAUAUGCUUGAAAGAUUCCUAGAGAACAAAGAGGACAUUUCCAAACUGCAGAAAUGCUUCGCUGGCUUAUGGAGUCUGGAAGAUUCAGAUAUCAUCAGAAAAGCCAUUGAGAGGCCCGAGCUAUUUGUGAUGAAGCCCCAAAGAGAAGGCGGAGGGAACAAUUUCUACGGUGAUGAUGUGAGGACAAACCUUGUAAGAUUGCAGAAAGAAGGAACCCAAGAAGAUGCGGCUUACAUUCUCAUGCAAAGAAUCUUUCCUUCUGUUUCACCUACAUUUUUGGUGCGCGAGGGCAUUUGCCAUAAAGAUCAUGCCAUAUCAGAACUUGGAGUGUAUGGUGCUUACUUGAGGAACAAGGAGAAAGUUAUUGUAAAUGAGCAGUGUGGAUACUUGAUGCGGACAAAGGUAUCUUCAUCAAAUGAAGGUGGAGUUGCAGCUGGAUUCGCAGUCUUGGACAGUAUAUACUUGAGUUAAUAGAGUUUCUGUUCUUAAUCCAAACCCUUUAUGGUUAACUUUGCACGUGUGUUAACAGUAUUCGGCUCCAGGUUUGACAACUGUUCAGAUAAAUGGGUCCUUAGGUUAAGAUUGUUUUUGAAAAAACAAACUCUCCAUUUCCAUAAUUUUUUUCUGAAUGGUGCAUUGAUGGGCAGCAGUUCCCUUUUUUCCCAUUUCCCACCUUGUGAUGGGUGGUUGGCCUUCCUGGCAUUUCUGUAAUCUUCUGUAAGUGUAUCAUCAAAUAAACUUAGAUAGUUCCUCCACCUUGCAUGGCAAUUUGGAACCGUCGAUGGAAAACUUAAAAGUUUAGAAUACAGGAACUUUGUUGAGUAAAAUUUAACUGAGAUUUGUGAUUCUGUACCA